UUGCUGCUCUCUGCGUACAGCAGUGUAAUGUAGAGUGUUGAUUGGCUUUGCGCACGCGCUUUGCAGAUCAGCCUCCAGCUGUGAAAAGUUGGGCUUUAGAGGAGCGCACGGUCGCCAGCGGUGGUGGAUCGGAUGUUCCCGAAGUUCAGCUCCUCAUCAGCUGUUGCUCUGCAUGUGAUGGUGCCGUGAUAUCAGUCCGAUCUGGCCCUGGUCAGCGCGCUUCGAUCCGGGUCAGAUCAGUCUCUCACUGGCAGCAUGGCAUCCGGAGCUCAGCUCGCGCUCGCGCUCGCGGGUCUUUGCGGCGUGCUGAUGCUCGCGCUCUGCUCCGGUGACAGUCUGUCUAACGAAGCAAAUCCAACAAAUCAACAUGGGCCUUUUGGUAAAGUGGAACAUUAUGGCACUACAGAACCAUGGCUUCUUCUUGGUGGGCAGAGAAGACCAAUCAGCAUUUUGCAAUCAAUGGGUCAUCCUGCAUCACUGAGGCUCCAGAUUGAGGCUGAAGGCAAACAGCUGCUGCUCAUUCUGCAGAAAAACGAAGGGCUUUUUGCCAGUCACUACACAGAAACACAUUACCUGGAUGGAGGGAGGCCCGUCAUCACCUCAGCCAGCUCCAGAGUGAACUGUUACUACCAUGGGGAGGUGAAGGGCUAUCAACACUCCGACGUCAUACUCAGCACCUGCACAGGACUCAGAGGGCUGAUCACACUGAAAGAUAAAGUGUUGGUACUGGAGCCAGCACAGAAGCCCAACAGCACUCUACAUCAUAUCUUUAGAGGAGAGCAUCUUACCCUAAAGCAGGGGACAUGUGGACACGGGCACAACAUCUCACACACUGCAGCACUCUCAGACACUACAGAGAGCUUUUUCAGCUCACAUGGCAACAGGUACAAGAGACAAGCCCAGAGUAGCACUAAAUAUGUCGAACUGAUCAUCGUAGCAGACAACCGAGAGUUUCAGAAACAGGGCAAAGAUCUGGAGAAAGUGAAACAGAGGCUGGCUGAGAUCGCCAACUAUGUAGACAAGUUCUACAGAGCACUGAAUAUCCGUGUGGCACUAGUAGGCUUGGAGGUGUGGAGUGACUCAGACAAGUGUCCUGUCUCUCAGGACCCUUUCACUACACUGCACGAAUUUCUGGACUGGAGGAAAUUCAAGCUUUUACCACAGAGGCCACAUGAUAAUGCCCAACUCAUCAGUGGGGUGUAUUUUCAGGGCACCACCAUUGGCAUGGCUCCCAUCAUGAGCAUGUGUACAGCCGAGCAGUCUGGGGGCAUCGUCAUGGACCACUCUGAUAACCCUCUCGGUGCUGCAGUUACUUUGGCUCAUGAGCUGGGACACAACUUUGGAAUGAACCAUGACACACCAGAGCGGGGGUGUGGGUGCAGGGUGACGGUGGACAGAGGUGGCUGCAUCAUGACUCCUUCAACUGGGUACCCCUUCCCCACUGUGUUCAGCUCAUGCAGUAAGAAAGACCUGUUGGUGAGUUUGGAUAAAGGAGUGGGUAUGUGUCUCUUUAACAUGCCUGAGGUAAAGGUGCUCUACGGAGGGCAAAAGUGUGGCAAUGGAUACGUUGAAGAGGGAGAAGAGUGUGACUGUGGAGAUAUUGAGGAAUGUAUGAACCCAUGCUGUAAUGCCAGUACAUGCACUCUGAAGUUUAAUGCAGUGUGUGCACAUGGCCAGUGUUGCGAAAACUGCCAGUUGAAGCCUGCAGGUACACUGUGCCGUGAGUCCACUAACUCAUGUGAUCUGCCGGAGUUCUGCACAGGUUCUGACCCUCACUGUCCUGCUAACGUCUACCUGCACGAUGGUCACAUGUGUCAUGGUGUGGAUGGACACUGCUACAAUGGCAUCUGCCAAACACAUGAACAGCAAUGCAUCACACUUUGGGGUCAGGGUGCAAAACCAGCUCCGAGCAUCUGUUUCGAGAGGGUGAACUCAGCGGGAGACCCAUAUGGCAACUGUGGAAAAGACUCCAAGGGAUCAUUCGCGAAAUGUGAAGCACAGGAUGCCAAAUGUGGAAAGAUCCAGUGCCAAGGUGGGGCCAAUCGGCCUGUAAUUGGAACCAACGCAGUCUCCAUAGAGACCAACAUCCCAUUGCCGGAAGGUGGGCGUAUCCUGUGUCGAGGGACUCACGUGUAUCUGGGUGAUGACAUGCCAGACCCAGGCCUGGUACUAACAGGAACCAAGUGCGGCAAAAACAUGAUGUGUCUGAAUCGGCAAUGUCAAAACAUCAGUGUCUUUGGAGUCCACGAGUGUGCGGCCAAGUGCAGCGGACAUGGGGUGUGUAAUAAUAAAAAGAACUGUCACUGUGAGGCGCACUGGGCUCCCCCUUUCUGCGACAAAGCUGGAUUUGGAGGCAGUGUGGACAGCGGACCACUGAGACAAGCAGAUGGUGAGAGUAUAAAGGUGGGCAUCGUGGUUGCAUUCCUGUGUUUGCUCUGCGUGAUCAUGAUUGUCUGUGUUAAGAGGAAGACUCUGGUCAGCCUGUUCAUCAACAACAAGAAAAACAACAUAGAAAAGCUGAGGUCAGUGGGGCCGAGCAGGCUGAUGGUUCAAGGACACACACGUUCAGUCCCCGAGACCCAAACACGCCCCACAUUUCGAGCAUCACCUCUUUGCCAAGCUCCAGCUAUACCACAAAGUACCAGCAUUUAUAAGCCGCAUUGUUCUCUCCCAGUGUUGAACUCUGUUGUCGGCUCUCACACUCUCCACACUUUGCCCCAGUGUCCUCCACUCCACCUGAGCCCACUGUUACCAUUGCCAUUUGCCCCACCCACUCACCGUGCACCUCCACCUCCCCUGCCACAUACACCCUCACCCCACAACAAGGUCCCUCCAGUCCUGUACACACACUCCCACCUGCAAACUCCAGCACGAGGAGCCUCCCUUCUCACCUUAGGCUGCCAGAACACCUGCAGGAAGGCCAUGGAGAAACCAAGCCCGCCUCAGAAGCCUUUGCCGGCUGACCCAUUCGGACGAAGCUCUCAGAUGGGACGGAGCCCAUUAGCAGCACAUCUCCCUUCUCCCAGGACAAAUCCUAAGCAGCCCCCCACCCUGCCAAAGCCUACGUUCUACACAGGAAUAAAGAAACCCUGCAGCUGAGACAGAAGCCUGUGAGACCUGUGGUUCAAACAGUUUUGCACUAUGAAACUCUGCUGGUCCUCAAGAACAGCGUGUCACGGCAGUCAAGGCGGCAUGACAGUUCGAAUCCCUUGGUGCUACGCCUCCAACCUUAUCCGGUGCUAUGAGUCAACCCUCAGGUAGACAUCGUACAUUAUUUAUGUUCAUCAAAAAUAUAUUUAUUUCGACAUUGUUUAGGACAUUCUUUUUUUUGGCAGCCCUGAUGUGAUUAGAUUUUGAACUGCGUAAUGAGUCGAUUCCCAGCACGAUUCCGCAGUGUGCAGGGAGGCACUGAAGUGAUACCCAAACCUGUGAAAAUAAAACUGAAGACUAAUGUUGGUGCUUUUUUUAUGCGAGAACUGGAAAGGGGAGGAAAUGUUGAAAAAAAAAAAGAGAUGUGCUUUGUUGCUGCAUAACAUAAUGUUAUAAUGCACCACAGUCAUGGCACAAGGUUGACAGACUCAUCUCAGAUCACCCAUAUUGAGAAAGUUUGCGUCUGUAACU